AUGGAUUCCAAGUUCUCUUACGACAUGAACAUGGAGAUUCUUUCAAGAACAACACUAAAAACUCUUGAUACCAUGCGUUGUACCAACACAGAAUUUGAGAAACUCACAUAUGAAUCGUAUUUUCUCAAUUUGUACAAGCAAAGAAACAACAUUGUUUCUGGUUUCCUCGUACAAAACCUUAGAAAGGGGUGCAAGUACAUCAACGAGUUUGCACCAUCAUGUGAAUCCCACAGUCUUGAUCUUGGUUUUCUGCCACCCAACGCUAAAAUCCUAGCAUCUUCAGAGCAAGGAUUUAUUGUCUUCGAGAGUCCUCAUCCACGGGAUUAUAAGCUGGUUUCAUAUCAUGUUUGUAAACCUACAACCAAGGAGGUUUUGACAUUGCCAAAUCCCAAAACCAGGUAUUUAACCAAGAAUGUUGCCAUCCUUGUGGUGGGUUCAAAGCCAUUGCACUAUAAGAUCGUGAGAUUAUCUGAACCCAAGAAACCUGUCUUACGAGGACGUGAUAAGCUAUACACGACAUAUAAAUGUGAAAUCUUCGACUCAAUGACAUGGGAAUGGAGACUACUAGAUCUUGUAAUAUUGCCUUUUGGUGUCUUCCUAACUAACCAACAAGCGAUCACCACAAGGGGAUCAAUCUACAUGCCAUUGAGUAACAACGAUGUCUUAAAGUUUGAGGCAUAUUCUGAAAAGUGGACAACCUUUUCGUUGCCUAUUCAAACCCUCGAAUAUCCAUUUGGCACUACAAGCCAUCUCAUAAAGUUUGAAAGAAAGUUGGGGUUUGCUUACAGGACAACAAGUCAUCUUUGGGAGCUUUGGGUUCUUACUAACGACGAAUCAUGGGAGAGAGUUCAUGUUUUUGACACGAGAUCAGAAGAUAAUGGAAUAAGUUCACUAGAUGCAAUAUAUGAUUCAGACACAAGAGUUAUGAGAGAGUACGAGGCAAUUGCAUUUUACAGGUUUAAAGGCGGUGAUCAUAUCAAAAAGAUUGGAAGAUUCAAUUGUUCACAAAUUUCAGAUUGGCUGAUUCCGUCGUUCACUGAUUCCAGAUUAACAGAUUUCAUCGUUUUUGAGCUUUCCAUUAUCUCAGGGGCGGUAUAA